AUGCUGCGGCCGACCUGGAAUGGCGUAGGGGGCUGUGAAUCUGCAAAACGCGAAGUAGAAAGAGCUUUAAUUUGGCCACAGGAACAUGCAACUAGAUUUGAACGAUUCAAAAUAGCCUCUCCUUGCGGCAUUGUCCUCCACGGGCCACCCGGGAAUGGCAAGACACUGUUAGCACGCUCAGUUGCACUUAAAGUUGAAGCUAAAUUUGUUCAGGUUAGCUCUACUGACCUCUUGCGACCGUUCCUUGGCGAAUCAGAGGCGAUUAUACGUAGACUGUUUGUCACCGCGCGUGAAAUUGCCCCAUGCGUGCUCUACCUCGACGAGAUCGAUGCAAUUGGUGGCACACGAGUGAAUGCUAGUUGUGCGAAUGGCUCAACGAUUCAUGCCCGCCUUGUUGCAACACUCCUCAGCGAGCUUGACGACGCUCGCGGCAACAACAAGGGUCUAAUCCUCGGCGCGACAAAUCGCAUCGACUCACUUGAUCCUGCUCUACUCCGCCCUGGACGCCUCGAUCUGCAUGUUUCAAUCGCUCAGCCUAACGUCUCUGACCGAGCAGCGGGCGUGCUCCGAGCUAUCUUCCUGGGGGAUUGUGGGGCCAGCGGGGUGGCGUUUACUGCGUUCGUCGACGCAUUUCGGCUUGACGGCAUAGCACAAUUCGACAAAUUCACCUUGCUCCAAUACAACAAUGGCAAUCAGUGCGCUCCUGAGGCGGCGCGAGCCGAUCCACUAGGGCCAUGGGGAACAGGGGCCUUAACAGGAGCCGGCUCCUGGCGGGUAUUCACACGGAAAGGCUGCGGUGCGCGGUGCGCGGCUUCGUCGACCGCAGAGUCGGGAGCCUACCUGUAUGUCGACACUCUCAACGUUGGGGGUCUUGUUUCUUCCAUGAGAUCGUGCGUUGGACAAGGCCCCGCGCUCGGCGAAUAUGCAGCGACGUGCAACGACCCCAGCGGCUUUGAGAUCCGCAAACAUGUGGAUGAGGCACCCAUGGGAUACUAUUGCACAGUUCGGUCUCGGGGUAGCCGGUGCUCAGCUAGAUUUACAAAGUUCCCGGGCACUUCAGCCCUAAAGAAAGCGGCGAUUAUCGCCCCCAGAGACGAGAGUGUGAUAAAACACAACCAAAGUGCGCGAGGCGAUAGGCCAGCUACGUAGUCAGUGCGCAAAACACGCCCGUGCGAACUAAAAAAGUACUUCCUCCUG